CCAACCGCAGCUCUCCUCUCAUUCAUGCUGAGCGCUGCUCUCCUGUGCGCACGGAACUGCAUAGCUGAGCUUUGGAACCGGCACUGGUGCUGCUUUUGUCUCACAAGUCCGCCGGGAAUGGAAAUGUCUUCUACUGCAAAUCUUACAUCCUAAUAACAUGCUAUACAGGACGAACGCGAAGGGCGUUUUGAUCAGGCUGGUGGCAGACAAGGCUGAGGAUCAGGGGAUGAGGUUAUAAAAACAACAGAGAAAGGAGGAAAAAAGGAAGAGGAAGUCGAUUGCUUGGAAACUCUUCUUUUGUAUCAUCCUGCCCUGCAGUCGAGUACAGCACUGACUGACCCUGCUGAGGAUUACACACUCAAAAAUACACACCAACACCCACACGUUCACACCUCCCUUCCCCUCAUCACCAUGUCCUCCCAUCUCAACCCACCCCUUCUCAUCCUCCCUGCCCUCCUUCUGCUCCUCUCACUCUCCAUGCCCUCCAUCUCGGCUCCUUCUUCCUCCUCCUUCCUCCUCUCCUUCUCCCCACCUGAAGGAGGUCUCACACAUAUGGUUGUCCACAACAAAACUGGCGAGGUCUACCUGGGUGCUGUCAACUGGAUCUACAAGCUGUCCAGCAACCUUACCAAGCUGCGAAGCCAUGUUACCGGCCCUGUCACAGACAACCCUCGCUGUUACCCUCCACCUGAUGUCCAGUCCUGCCCCCAUGAGCUGGUGCAGACCUCUAAUGUCAAUAAACUCCUUCUACUUGAUGCAGCCCAUAACCGUUUAAUUGCUUGUGGUAGUACUUCCCAGGGAAUAUGCCAGUUCCUGCGUCUGGAUGAUUUGUUCAAGCUUGGUGAGCCCCACCACCGUAAAGAGCAUUAUCUAUCCAGUGUUGCUGAAGCGGGCACCAUGUCAGGUGUUGUGAUCUCCCCGGAUCUUUUUGGUGAAGGUGGGAAACUUUUUGUAGGCACUCCCAUCGAUGGGAAAUCCGAGUACUUCCCAACAUUGUCUAGCCGCAAGUUAAUGUCUAAUGAGGAGAAUGCAGACAUGUUUAGCUUCGUCUACCAGGAUGAGUUUGUCUCCUCGCAGCUCAAGAUUCCCUCAGACACACUCUCCAAGUUUCCAGCAUUUGACAUCUACUACAUCUAUGGCUUCAACAGCGAGCAGUUUGUGUAUUAUCUAACUUUACAGCUGGACACCCAGCUCACCUCGCCAGAUGCAAGCAGCGAACAGUUCUUCACCUCUAAAAUUGUUCGCCUAUGCGUUGAUGAUCCCAAGUUCUACUCUUAUGUUGAGUUCCCCAUUGGCUGCACCAAGGACGGAGUGGAAUAUCGCUUGAUUCAGGAUGCUUAUUUAGCCCGGCCAGGGACCCGUUUGGCACGUUCGCUUGGUAUUCAAGAGCGAGAGGAGGUUCUGUUUACUGUAUUUGCUCAGGGUCAGAAGAACAGAGCCAAGCCGCCCAAGGAGUCGGCUUUGUGUCUGUUCACGAUGAGGCGGAUAAAGGAGAAGAUUAAAGAGAGGAUUCAGUCGUGUUACAGAGGAGAGGGGAAACUCUCCCUGCCCUGGCUGCUCAACAAGGAGCUGGCCUGCAUCAACUCGCCGUUGCAGAUUGACGACAAUUUCUGUGGCCAGGACUUCAACCAGCCUCUAGGGGGCACCACUGCCAUCGAGGGCAUCCCUCUUUACACGGACAAAGAUGACGGCAUGACCUCUGUGGUGGCCUAUGACUACAGAGGAAACACCGUGGUGUUCACUGGCACUCGCAGCGGACGCAUGAAGAAGAUCCUUGUGAACUCCAUUACCCAGCCUGCCUUGCUGUAUGAGAAUGUGGAGGUCAGCGAUGGGAGCCCAAUCCUGAGAGAUCUGCUCUUCAGCCCAGAUCAUCAGUACCUAUACGCCCUCACUGAUAAACAGGUCGACCGUGUACCAGUGGAGAGCUGUGAGCAGUACACAUCCUGUGGAGCCUGUCUCGGAUCAGGAGACCCUCACUGUGGCUGGUGUGUGCUGCAUAACCUAUGUUCACGGAAGGAUCACUGUGAGCGAGCAGAGGAACCUCAGCGUUUUACUACCAGAGUGGAGCAAUGCGUCCGUCUCUCCGUCCAGCCUGACACUGUUUCUGUCACCAUGUCAGAAGUGCAGUUGGUACUUCAGACCCAGAAUGUUCCCGGCCUGUUUGCUGGAGUGAACUGUUCAUUUGAGGACUAUGUAGAGACGGAAGGACGCAUCUACGGUGGAAGGAUCUUCUGCCUGUCCCCUUCUAAAAAAGAGGUCGCCCCUAUCACACGAGACAAAAGUGACCAGCGUGUUAUUAAGUUGUAUCUGAAGUCAAAGGAGACGGGGAAGAAGUUUGCCAGUGUGGACUUUGUGUUCUACAACUGCAGCGUCCACCAAUCGUGCCUGUCCUGUGUUAAUGGUAACUUCCCCUGUCACUGGUGCAAAUAUCGUCAUAUGUGCACGCAGGACGCCAGCGACUGCUCCUUCCAGGAGGGACGAGUCAACAGCUCAGGGGAGUGUCCUCAGAUCCUGCCCUCUCCCCAGAUUUAUAUCCCUGCUGGAGUUAUGAGGCCAAUCACUCUGCUGGCCCAGAACCUUCCCCAGCCUCAGUCCGGACAAAGGAACUACGAGUGCAUCUUCUACAUCCAGGGCAACACACACAGCGUUCCGGCUCUGAGGUUCAACAGCUCCAGCAUACAGUGCCAGAAGACCACGUAUGACUACGAGGGCAGUGACAUCAGUGACCUGCCAGUCGACCUCUCAGUGGCGUGGAAUGGAAACUUUGUCAUUGACAACCCAUUUAACAUUCAAGCUCACCUGUACAAGUGCAGAGCGCUGCGGGACAGCUGUGGUAUGUGCCUGAAGGCUGACCCCAGGUUUGAAUGUGGCUGGUGUGUUCAGGACAGAAAGUGCUCACUCAGGCAGGAGUGCACCGGCGGAGGAAAUUCCCACCUCCCACUGCAGCUGGCUGAAGGUGGAGGGUGGAUGCAUGCCACGUCUGGAAACAGCCGCUGCACCCACCCAAAGAUUACAAAGUUGUUCCCUGAGACUGGGCCUCGUCAAGGGGGAACCAGAGUGACCAUCCUCGGCGAGAACCUGGGUCUGCAGUUCAGAGACAUCCAGAUGGGUGUCAGGUUGGGCAAGGUGCCCUGUGUUCCUAUUGAGGAGGAGUAUGUGAGUGCAGAGAGAAUAGUGUGUCUGCUGAACGAUGCUACUGGCUACAGGGUCCAAGAGGCUCAGGUGGAGGUGUGUGUGAGAGACUGUGUCAACGACUAUAGAGCUCUGUCACCAAGGCCAUUCACAUUUGUGACUCCAUUCUUCACCCGUAUCCAGCCAUCUCAGGGGCCUAUUUCUGGCGGAACCCGGGUCACCAUUGAAGGAAGCUAUCUCAACGCGGGCAGCUAUGUGUCUGUCAGCAUAGGACCACAGCCCUGCUACUUCAAAAAGAGGAAUGCCCGUGAGAUUGUGUGUGUUACACCAGCUGGACUGGCACCAGGCAGUGUAUCAGUUUUGGUGGACAUUGACGAUGCUGAACUUAUAAACCCUGAGGUCAAGUUUAAUUACACCGAAGACCCCACUGUCCUGAAGAUUGAGCCUGACUGGAGCAUUGCCAGUGGUGGGACGCUGCUGACAGUUAGUGGGACCAACCUUGCAACCAUCCGAGAACCAAAGAUCAGGGCCAAGUAUGGGCAGGCAGAAUCCUUUCAUAACUGUACAGUGUAUAACAACUCAGUCAUGGUGUGUCUGGCUCCAUCGGUGGCGGAUUCAGAGCUGGGUUUUUCGGAGACCGGGACCGGCCCGGAUGAGAUCGGCUUCUACAUGGACAACGUGAACGCUCUGGUGGUUGUCAACGAGACAUUCAGCUACUACCCCGACCCUGUGUUUGAACCGUUGAGUUCUUCUGGAAUACUUGAGCUCAAACCCACAUCGCCACUUAUUCUCAAGGGUCGUAACCUGAUCCCAGCGGCUCCAGGUAAUAGUCGCCUGAACUACACGGUGCUGAUUGGAGAAACGCCCUGCAUCCUCACACUGUCUGAGAGCCAGCUGCUGUGUGAAUGGCCCAACCUCACCGGACAGCACAAAGUCACGAUCCGUGCUGGCGGGUUUGAGUAUUCCCCCGGGACUCUUCACAUCUACUCAGACAGCCUGCUAACACUUCCUGCGAUCAUUGGCAUUGGAGGGGGCGGUGGCCUGCUUCUAUUGGUCAUCAUUGCUGUGCUGAUAGCCUAUAAGCGGAAGUCGAGGGACGCUGACCGCACCCUGAAACGCCUUCAGCUCCAGAUGGACAACCUGGAGUCCAGAGUGGCCCUGGAAUGUAAAGAAGCUUUCGCUGAGCUUCAGACAGACAUCCACGAACUGACCCAGGAGCUGGACGGAGCUGGGAUUCCCUUCCUGGAUUAUCGAAUUUAUGCAAUGAGGGUCCUGUUCCCUGGGAUUGAAGACCACCCUGUGCUCAAGGAGAUGGAGGUGCAGGCAAAUGUUGAGAAGGCACUGACACUGUUUGGCCAACUACUGACGAAAAAGCACUUACUGCUGACGUUCAUACGAACCCUGGAGGCACAGAGGUCAUUUUCGAUGCGGGAUAGAGGCAACGUGGCAUCUUUGAUUAUGACAUCCCUGCAGGGGGAGAUGGAGUACGCCACCGGAGUCCUGAAGCAGCUGCUGUCUGACCUGAUAGACAGAAAUCUGGAGAGUAAAAACCAUCCCAAACUGUUGCUCAGGAGAACGGAGUCUGUCGCUGAGAAGAUGCUGACCAACUGGUUUACAUUCCUCUUGUAUAAAUUUCUCAAGGAGUGUGCAGGCGAGCCUCUCUUCAUGCUUUACUGUGCCAUCAAGCAACAGAUGGAGAAGGGACCCAUAGACGCCAUCACAGGAGAAGCCCGCUACUCCCUCAGUGAAGACAAGCUCAUCAGGCAACAGAUUGACUACAAAACACUGACGUUGCACUGUGUAAACCCAGAGAAUGACAACAAUGCUGAGGUGACUGUGAAGUGUCUGAACUGCGACACCAUCACUCAGGUCAAAGAGAAGCUGCUCGAUGCUGUGUACAAGGGCAGCCCUUAUUCGCAAAGGCCAAAGGCUUCUGAUAUGGACCUGGAAUGGCGUCAAGGUCGGAUGGCCAGAAUCAUUCUGCAAGAUGAAGAUGUCACAACUAAGAUUGACAAUGACUGGAAAAGACUCAACACGCUGGCUCACUAUCAGGUAACAGAUGGUUCAGUGAUAGCCCUGGUGCCAAAGCAGAACUCUGCCUAUAACAUCUCCAACUCCUCCACCUUCACCAAGAGCCUCAGCAGAUACGAGAGUAUGCUGAGGACAGCCAGUAGUCCAGACAGCCUGCGAUCCCGAACGCCAAUGAUCACCCCUGACCUGGAGAGUGGAACCAAACUGUGGCAUCUGGUGAAGAACCACGACCACUCAGACCAAAGGGAGGGUGACCGAGGCAGCAAGAUGGUCUCUGAGAUCUACCUGACCAGGCUACUAGCUACAAAAGGUACAUUACAGAAGUUCGUGGACGACCUGUUUGAGACCAUUUUCAGCACAGCACACAGAGGUAGUGCACUGCCACUGGCCAUCAAGUACAUGUUUGACUUCCUGGACGAGCAGGCCGACAAACACUCCAUCACAGACUACGAUGUACGACAUACCUGGAAGAGCAACUGUCUUCCUCUGCGGUUCUGGGUGAAUGUGAUAAAGAACCCCCAGUUUGUAUUUGACAUCCAUAAGAACAGUAUUACGGAUGCCUGUCUGUCUGUGGUGGCCCAGACUUUCAUGGACUCCUGUUCAACAUCAGAACACAAACUAGGAAAAGAUUCACCUUCAAAUAAGCUCCUUUAUGCUAAAGACAUCCCCAACUACAAGAACUGGGUAGAGAGGUAUUACUCCGAUAUCUCCCGUAUGCCAGCCAUCAGUGAUCAGGACAUGAGUGCCUACCUAGCAGAGCAGUCCCGCCUGCACCUCAGCCAGUUCAACAGCAUGUCUGCGCUGCACGAGAUCUACUCCUACAUCAUCAAAUACAAAGAUGAGAUCCUUUCAGCGUUACAGAAGGACGAACAGUCACGCAGACAGCGGCUACGUGGUAAGCUGGAGCAGGUCAUCGACACCAUGGCCCUGGCUAGCUGAGGACCAGCCAAUCACACGCCUCGGUUAGCAGAGAACUGGCCCACUAAUACGCCUUCCUGACAACCUUUGACAUUUUGACCCUCGAUGUUCGAAGUCUGUCGUCAUCACCAUCACAAACAACAACUGACAGCAGCGGAAAAGACUGCAAGGACACAAGCACACUGGAGAAACUGCAGAGUUUGGAACUAAGCCCCCACUGGCAGGGUUGGCUUCUGUUUCUUUUUUUUUUCCUUCUGAGCCACCAACCUUGCCAUGAACAACCAAAUUAAAUGCACCCUCCGCCUCAGCAGAUAGGGACCUCAGCUCAGGAGAGCAUUUACUUUCAUCAAGGGCAUCGUCACAUCUAGAGUUCUACAGGAGCAGCAGUCAGGUACUUUGGCCACAGUCAGAAGCACUACAUGCACACUGGUGACCAAAAACUCAUCUAGCUAGAUCGAGAGCUGAAACACUACAGGAGAAGGUAUAAGCCACCAGUGAGCAGCUUUCUGCAGCAGAGGGCUAUGGUUCUGACUGUGGGCUAGUAAAAAUCCAGGAUAUAUUAUCGCGAUACUUGAUCCCUUUCUCUUAUUUUUGUUGCCACCCUCCGCAGCGAAGUCGGAAAACAGGGGCGGCCGCAGGGCUGGUAGGAAAUUGGUGUGUUGCUCAAAGACACUUCAGCAGAGCGGAUGCUUGAGAACACACAGGAUGCUGCCACUGCAACCGGGAGGAAACGCUUCAGCACUGACUGUCCAGCUCUCUAUCAACAACAACUCCACUGUAGUCUGACAAUGGUCAUUUUCAGUUUCACAGCUGUGCAUUUGAUUUGUUAUUGCAUUCAGUUCGGUCUCCCCCCACCCCCACCCUCUUCCUACUCUCCCCCAGUGCUGUGCCACUUGUGUUACUGCUGAAUUUGCACAACAAAGCUAAAUCAAAAGAGAGAAGAUGAUAUAUGAAUAUAUAUAGAUAUAUAAAUACAAGCCUUUUGUUUUUGAAACUAAAUGAAAAGUUGAAAAAAAAUGUUUUCCAUUUUAAUGUACAAACGAUAAGUUUGAAAAGAGGAUUUGAUAUUUCCAACAUGAAAAAUUAUGAAAACACAAGGAAACAGUUGUCCUGUGCCAUGUUUUACUUUGAAUGUCGUUUAGUGCAAAGAGACUUCUUUUCGUUAGAUGAAAUGUGCUAUGAUGAAAAUGUUGUCAUGCUUAGUGACUGAAAGUGAGAGUUUAAAAAUAGGUAAAUGGCAAAAAUAUAUAUAUUACAGACACUUUCUCUAUUUCCUGAGGUCUUGGGGCUGUGGUUUGUUAGUCUUUGGCAGUGAAAUAACAAACAAUGUCUGGAAUUCACCUGUGAGCCAACCAACCUGCUUUUGUGUUUGUUUUUGAGAAACCAAAUACAUGAUGGCCAUGCAGCUGAUUUAGAUGAGACAAAAAAGUCAUUUUUGUGGAGGCCAGCAUCAUGCUUUGGAAGCCAACUACUGUUAGGCAGUUAUUUAAAUUGAACCCAGGCACACUGUGCUCUACAACUUUUUGAUCUUGUCUUCUAGACUCGCCCUCGUCUGAAAUAUUUUAUAAUGUGUGCCAUCCGAAAUGAAGGCUAGUUUUGGCGUGCAGAAGAAGGUGAAACAGUAUUGUGUGAUUUUUGGCUCGUUUUGUAGUCGGCGAUAAAGAUGGUAAAGCUAAAGGUUCCAUUUCUGAAAUGUGAAUGUUCUUUACAAAAUGAGAAUGAAAUGUAGCUUGAUUUAUGUGAGUGAUUUGUACCAGUUCAAUGCCUUUUCUCUUUUGUCCAUUCUGUGGUUUUUAUAGGGGUUAAAAAAAAAAGUUUAAAUGAUUUCGUUCCAGUAUGUGCUGCUCCACAUUAACUUGUAGUGCUUCAAAAAAAAUAUGCUUUCAUAAACAAGGCAUUUGUUUCUCCUAUGAGUGUAAAAGGGUUAGAAGACAAAUAAAGAAGGCAAGGAGAUCUACUGAAAGAUGUUAAACAAACCAGGGUACUAUACAUUAUACUGUAAGGUGUUGUUAAUCCUGUGAGACCUGUAAGCAGGGCAGAUACAUCAACAGCCAGAUGAGCUGCAUGGGCUCAAGAACAAACGCCUCUGCUUAUUCCUGUUUGUUUCUUUUGAGAACAAUACAGCUGUAAAAGAAACAGUUAUCAGUGCCUCAGAGUCAUUAGGCCUGGUUCCUAUAAGCCUCUGAUUACCUUUGCAGUUGUCCAAGACCCUAAACUAAGACAGUUUAAGAAGAGGAAACUAAAAGAUGACAGUUAUUUCUUGUUUCCAACCUUAAUCAUAUUUUCUUUUUCUAUCUUCGUGAUGGAUCAUUGUGAUUGUAGGGAGUGCUGCUCUGCCAGUACAAUCCAACAGAAAAAAAGAGAAGCGCCAAGCACACUUUGCAACAGAAUAGCAAUCCAUCCGCGGUGAGACCCGCUUGCACCCAGCAUUCUCAUUUCCCCUGGUCUCAAACAACCUUUAAUUGAAAUAGAUGCUGAUUUUAGGUUUGCACACAUAAGGAAAUUUCUGAUGCCACAUUCACGUGAUUGAGUAUUAGGUUUAAAAUUCCCUACCCCCACGCCCACACACAUCUUUAAAUUGUAAUUGCAUGUGCAAGUAGCAGCAUGUUUUGCGAUGUGUCAACAUUACUGUCACAGUUUUUUAAUUAACAAUGAACCUCUAUAAUCAAGGAUGAAGUGGAUACAGAGACCGGCAAACUAUCGUUAGGCAUGUGAACAACACUUAAAACGCACCACACAGACUAACCGACAUACCCCAAGUGAUCAUUGUUGAGGCACAACAGAAUGAAUAGAAAGUGUAAGUGGGAUUUCCAGUCAUCCACGUUUAUGGAAUGUUUACCUCUAACCCCCUUUAGAUUGUGUCUUAGAGCAGUGUUCCCUUCAAUCACAUGAUUUGAAAAUUGUAAUGAAGGUUUGAUGAGAAUGACCCUGAAAUAACUUGACUAAUAAUAUCAUGACAGUGUGAAACAGUGGUACACUAGCAGCAUCACGCUGGCUACUGCAGAUGAGGUGAUUAUGUACCUAACAUCUAAAAAUUGAUCUGAAUUAAUCAAAAGGCAUUUCCCAGCUACGCCCAAAUAAAAAUGAAUAAUAGGGCCUAUAUAUUCACUACAGUUGUGACGUCGCAUUUAAAGUAGAAACAGUUCACUGAUAAUGCCCAGGGCUUGAAGGCCUAUGUCAACUCAGGGCUCUGUUUUCCUGCAAUAGGACACAGCGCUACACUUGUGUCUAAAUUCCAGGUGCAAGGCACAUAUGGGCGUGUCCAACUUUUUGUUUUUUUUUGUAAUUUUGGUGACCACAGACACAGCACCACUUUUGUGUGCAGCCAGGCAUAACCGGGCACAUUGUGGAGGAGAGGCAGAAUACAUUAUUAGGGGGAGAAAUACAGGAGUAAGUGGAGUUGGGGUUGGCUUUAAUAUGUCCAAUCAAACCAGCUUCUCUCAUCCCCUUUAAAAAGCAGGACGGAAGCCUGACUGAGUGAUAUCACUGAUGUCAAAUCAUGGAAAUAUACGGGAGGAAAGAUUCUUCCCCUGUAUCUUCUUCUCCUGCCAGCUAUGUACUCCAUUCCAAACCUGACACAGACAAAACUAUUUAUGUAGAAGUACUAAACAUGAAUAUUCACUCAGUAGGCUGCUAAUAUCACUGACUAGCGUUUGUGCACGGAAGAAAGAAAGUUUCUGAUCCUGUAACCAGCAGCAAUUAUGUAGUGUAAUUUACUCAACAGCUGUAUCCAGUGUGUGAAAUCCACCGGGGUCUCACAUAUAACACCAUAAACGUUUCACUGCUUUUAAAAAAAUACAUUAAAAUCAUAUUGUAACCACUUUAUCUCCACCUACAGCUGUUUUCAGAGCCAAUCAAACCACCAUAAAAUGCAAACAACUGCUGCAACGUACGUUACUUCCCCGUGGUAGUAACGACAGUAUGUCUGGGUGAAGCUCUUUUGAAGAAAGCUCAACAGUGUCAGCAGCCACAGUGGGGUCGGACUGAUUUUACCUGCUGUGUAACAGGAGACGCCUGCAGGGUGUUUGUUAUUUAUCUUGGCUCUUGAACUGCUUUCAUGUGUUAUGUGUAUUUUAACAUGGAUCUGGAUUCCCAGACACCAGCUGCAGAUCAUCUCUGGCUGCAUCCUGUUUGGCCAUAUUCAUAUUUAUAGACACAUAUUAUAGACUAUUUAUCUUAUUUAAAAAACUCUUUCUAAAUUAUUCACACAUAUUUCAUGACCCACAACCAACUAUUCAGAGUGAAUUCCAGCGGAUAAGUUGUGGAUUUAAGGGUUCAUUUUAAGUUGGUGUGGCCGUUAAAAUCCAUGUGUGUACCUGAUCUCCUGCUUCCAAGGCAAUGCGCUUGUCAGGAAAAUUGAAAAUACACCUGUGACAGCGAUAAGAGGUGGUCUGAGCAGGUGUUAUCAUUAUCGCUAUUUCGGGUCAAAGCCGGCACCAAAGUUGCACUGUGCUGCUAAUUAGCAUACACUCGGCCUCAACUGCGCCUCUCCUCCUACCUCAGUGUGAGCGCAUUCGUUCACAGCAGGAAAAUACCAAACACACCAACACGCAACAAAAAUUAGAUGCGCCAAAGGAAAAUUGCCCAAGGACUACGAAUGAGGCGAUGCAGAUGUUGCGUUGGCAGGAAAACAGAGCCCUCAGAGUCAGUAACACACUUUUUAUAGUCUUGAAAUUUUCAGCUAACCUCAUUUUUGUUUGUAUCCUUUUACAUUAUCGUGGUACUACUUUACCAGACCCGUUCCCAGUCUCCAAACCAGCCACAUAUCACUGCUUUCAAAACUUUUGAUUCUAACAAAAGUACAUUUCCCCUACAUACAUUUUAAAGUCCUUUAAAAAAUAAUAGUGUCCAUUUUAAUCUAUGGGUAUUGGCCUGUAGCUCACACAAAGAUGCUGUGUUUUUUUCUGACAGCAAACUGUCCACGUGUUUGGGCAGAAUGAAACGUGCUGUAUGUGCUUCAAUACUUGAACCACUGAUCAAUACAGGGUAAAACAAGAUACAGAGCAGCUGACCAAAGCUUUUUUCAUCCACAUCAAGAAAGCAACUCAGUGACAAGACAUUAUCUUUGCUCCAUCCACUUCCUCGGUUCUUUGACAAAAUGAUUUUAGCUCUAAGUUGCCAACAACCCCCCCAGUGACGGAAUUUAGUGUUUGUCUUUAUGUUUGAUGAAUGAAUUAAUGAGUGAAUGACUAAAACAGUCUGAUGCUGUGAUCAUUGCAUUGAUGUUUGACUGCUAGUGGCUCAAUUGUUCUUUUGAUGAAGACUUGUACAAAUGAUUUUAGUGCUGUGGAAAGAGUAAUGAGGUCUACAGUCAUGGCCAAAAUUUGGCCACCCCUACAUUUCUGUCAUAUAACACACCACGUCUCCCAGAAGAUUGUUGCAAUCACAAAUUCUUUGGUAUUCUCAUCUUUAUUUCUUUUGUUUGUAGUAGAACAACACAAAAAGCAGAAAACACGGUGGAGGUUCACUGAUGUUUCGGGGUUGCUCAGUUGCUUCAAACAUUAGCUGUCUUGACUGUGUGUAGCAUUAUGACAACUGAAGACUACCAAUGAAUUCUGGGACACAAUGCAGGACCCAGUGUCAGAAUGUUGGGUCUCCAUCAGAGGUCAUU